AUGGCAGUUCAACUCGAAGCUUUUGAGGUCCCUGGCGCCAGGACUUAUUUUGGCCACGCACUCCCCUAUGGAUUACAAGUCAAGUCAAGCGGGCCAACUGGUCUCGUACCUCCCGUCGUCGAGUCUGCGGCGGCACUUAGGGCAUUGGGCGACUCCGGAAAACUACAAGAUCUCUUGGAUAAGCACGGUGCCGUCUUGAUCCGUGGUGCAGGAAACGCUUCAGCCGAGACUUUCUCAAAACUCGUAGGCGCAGCUGAGAAGGGCAGAGGCUCUUAUCCUCAUGUUCAAAUUGGACUGGCCGGCAAAAGAACUCCACUCGCGGACAAUGUCUGGACGGCCAACGAGGGGUCGCCAAGCACCCGAUUCUACCAACACAAUGAGUACUCUAGGUACACUCGCUUUCCUUCAAACAUUCACUUCUACUGUGUGAAGAAAGCGCCCAAAGGCGAGUUCAUCCCGAUAUUGCGAGGCGGCGCGACACCAAUCGCGAGCAGCGCCAACGUAUUCGAAAAGGUCCAAGCCGAGAUCCCUGAGCUUGUGGAAGAAAUUAGCAAGCGUGGCUUGGGGAUGAAGAUGGUCUUUCGUGCCCCUGGGAAUGAAGCCAAGGUCAAUCAAUUCAACUGGGCUGGCGAGCACAGCUUCGGGCAAGAACUUACUCCAGACGACGACGAAGUGACGACAAAGCAAAAAGUUGAAAAGCAAGUCCGCAAGUUGACAUCAGAUUUCAAAUGGAACGAGGAUGGAAGUCUCGAGUUGACGCAGCAUAUUCCCGGCAUACGAAGGCUGCCAGCGAGCGGCAGGCCAGUCUGGUUCAACGGCCUGGUCGGGCGUCAUGGUAUUACGCGAGACAUUGGUGCUCUCGAUCCUCCUCAUAUCGGCCGUGACGGAAUGACUUAUCUUCCUAGCGUCUACGGAGACGAUACUGAGAUCCCGCGUAGGCUUCUUGACAAGCUUAUCGACGUCAUUGAUAAGGAAGAGAUUAGCUUGAUUGUUGAAGAGGGAGAUCUUUUGUUAGUCGACAACUUCCAAGUCUCACACGGAAGAGAACCGUGGGAGGGCGACAGGCAGAUAAUGGCCGGUAUCAAGUCGUCAAAGGGAACCUCUUCAUAG